AGGACGCGUGUACGCGCAGCAGCACGUGCACAGCAGCAGAAAUGGCGACUCAAGCAGCAGAAGUCGUAUUCGCGCAGAAACUCGCGGCCAACGAGAGAAGCGUGAGGAGUAAAGCCCUGCUGAAGCUCAGGAAAUACAUCCGGAUCCGCUCAGAGAGGGCGCCAGGAGGCUUCAGUGAGGAGGAGCUGCUGAAGAUCUGGAAGGGUCUCUUCUACUGUCUGUGGAUGCAGGAUCUGCCUGUGCUGCAGGAGGAGCUGUCUACCAAGAUCUCAGCGCUGCUCUUCAGCUUUCGCACCGUUGACAGUCAGUUUCUGUUCUUCAAGACGUUCCUGCAGACCAUGAAGAGGGAGUGGAACGGCAUCGACAGACUGAGACUGGACAAAUUCUACCAGCUCGUGCGCUUCGUCUUCCGUCAAAUGUUUGAGAUGCUGAAGAAGCAGGAGUGGGAGCCCAGUGUGUUGCAGGUGUUCCUCCAGCUGUUCUCAGAUCAGCUCCUGCAGAGCUCCAGCGCCGCUCCAUCUGGACUCACGCUGCACAUCAUGGAGCUCUACAUGACGGAGCUGGGUGCGAUCGGAGCCGCGGAGCUCACCGCAGAGCAGAACCUGUCCCUGAUAGAGCCCUUCUGCCGGACGAUGUCUAAAACCAGAGAUCGAGUCCUGCUGAAGGCCAUUGGCAGCAGCAUCUUCAGCACCAUCGUGGACCAGGUGCCCUUCGCCAUCGCGGACCUGCUGCGGGAGAUCGGCACCACAGAAGAUGAAGACCAGGAUGGAGAGAGCAGUGGGGAGACACAGACCAACGUUUCUGAGGAGAACGCUUCACAUCCAGGAGACCUGGAGGAUAAAGGCUCUGCUGAAGCUGUUCUCCAGUUUGACUAUGGAGCUUCCAGCGCUCAGCAGCUCCUAUGCAAACCCAGACCUGCUCUGUUCCACCUCUGCAUUCUCUCUCUCUCUCUACAGGAAGCUAAAGAUCCAGCACUUCCUGUCAGCACAGACCGGAAGAUGAAGAAGAAGUUUGUGCUGAGUCAGAAGAAAGCUCCAGCGCCGCUCUUCUGUAAAGGGCUUAAAAACACACGGAUCUCAGCCGCUGCCAAGACCGACAGGAAGAAAGUCACCUUCGGCCUCAAGAACAACAAAACCGUGGAGUUCAGGAAGUCGGACCGCAGCGCUCUGCUCAGUCCCGACCGUCUGCCCUUUGACCCCAGCCGGGCACCCAAAUCUGGGGUGCUGAAGUCGCCGUCGCCCUCCUCCAUGAAGAGACCCUCGGCUGCAGACUUCUUUUGAAUAAACCCUCCUGGAGGAUCUGCUCUGUGUGUGUGUGUGUGUGUGUGUGUGUGUGUGAUAUUUGAUCUAACACACACAGAUAUUUUAUACUCCUGUCUCUCAGCUCUCAAAGUUCUGCUUUAUUUUUAAGGAUGGCUUAUUUUCAGACUGUUUUGAAUAUUCAUGAGUUCCUCCUCCAAUGGGAGAGCAGAGAGGAUUAUUAUUGGAUGUAAAGACGGGAAGUGAUGCUCCGAUCUGUAACUAUGUUAAUAAAACUCAGAGCUGCUCCUCAGACCUGUGCAAA